GAUGAAAACAAUCUGCUUAUAUAUUACCUAGUCCUAGGGACCACUUGCGUGCACGUUUUGGUUUUUGCCCUAGCACUACAGAGCUGACCUAGUCCUGGGGGGCCGGACCGAGUUUGGGAAACACUGACCUUGUGCACAAGUUGACUGUGGGUAUUUAUUUAAAAAGUGCUAAUAUUCAAAGUCCAAAAAGUGUAAUUUACCAAAAUGCUAACAACUACUAAGGUAUCCUCAUAGGAUGCUAACUAAAUGCUAACAACUACUAAGGAAUCCUCAUAGAGGAUGCUAACGAGCGCAUUGCAAACAUUUUGUACAGCUUCUGACCUAAACUAUACAAGUAACUCCCAAAUGCUACUCAGUUUGCUGCGCAAAAGGAAGAUUAGCAAGGCUCGUGAUCCACGAGGGGAUACUCUGCUAUUAUCAAGCGAAUACUUGAUUUUUGGAAGAAGCUACCACUUCGCCAGAUAUCUCACUAGCUACUAAAUUAGCAAACCAAAUGCACAAUUGCAGAGCAUUUAGCAAAUUUUUUGACAGUUAACUUAAUAGUUAUAAGAUAUCUAGCUGGCAAACAUUUAGUUGUGAAUUCCAAUCUGUAAUUAGAUCACCUGGCGCGUGCUGCACGACAGUGACUCACAAGCCUCCGGUCUCGUUGUUGUGUGCUUAUAAACAAACACCACGUGACAGGGAACUAUCGUAAGCUUCAUAAUUAUGUGACCGAUGAAAUGGAGAACACAAUGUUCUUUAUCUCCUAAUGUAUUGCACGAGUUGACUGCAGGUAUUUACUUAAAGUAGCUACAAAUAUUCAAAUGUAUAGUUUCAACGGUAGUGAAUAACCAUCCCGUGGCUUUUUCCAAAUACCCCGGUAUACAGUAUAUACGUUAUACCGCCCAAGCCUAGUCACAUUAUAGUGUGGUCGCAUUAUAGGGAGAUCAUCAUUGGACUGAUCUGGGCUACAUCAGUCUACAUCAGUAAUCUAUAGUCUAGAUAAAGAUUUAGAAUCGAGGCCAUGUCUAUGGUCAUCGAGACGAAGCCUUGAAGGAGAGAGAAUUAGUGAUGGGGGUGAAAAUCACUGUACCUGCAUCAAAACUCCACAACUUUUACUUUAUAACUUGUUGUCCAUAUACUUUUUUUAAUGGAAGCCAAUUUGUUUUUCAGCACAUUUAUUUCCAUGACUGGUCAUGGAAGCAGACAUUUGGUGAGAAAUAUGUUUGGAACAUCGAAUCGCAAUACAUACAGUCAUGAAAAUUGCAGUGUUAAUUUUUUUAGAUUUAGUGUUGGUGAAAUUUGUCAAAAUGACAGUCACAUUUUUGUCAUUUGAAGAAUUUAGUCUUGUUAUUGUUUUAUUUACCCUUUAUUUAACCAGGUAGGCCAGUUGAGAACAAGUUCUCAUUUACAACUGUGACCUGGCCAAGAUAAAGCAAAGCAGUGCGACACAAACAACACAGUUACACAUGGAAUAAACAAACAUACAGUCAAUAAUACAAUAGAAAAAGUCUAUAUAAAAUGUGUGCAAAUGAGAUAAGAUUAGGGAGGUAAGGCAAUAAAUAGGCCAUAGUGGCGAAAUAAUUACAAUUUAGCAAUUAAACACUGGAAUGGUAGAUGUGCAGAAUAUGAGUGUGCAAGUAGAGAUACUGGGGUGCAAAGGAGCAAAGUAGAUAACAGAAUGGGGAUGAGGUAGUUGGAUGGGCUAUUUACAGAUGUGCUAUGCACAGGUGCAGUGAUCUGUGAGCUUAAUGCUGCUAUUGUUUUUACAUUUUGUAAAGCAGCUUGUGUUUCUUAACCAGCCAAAGGGUAGCUAACUAGAAGGCUGGCGGUAAAGCAAGAGAGUCGCCUGUGUGAUGUGUACACUAUAAGUGGAGCCUGUCUGCCUGUCUGCCCACACUCAUCGCUUGCUCCCCUGCAGCUCACCAGCUGAUGUAGGCUGUGUGUGCUGGGUGUGACGUGUCCUUCCCACUUGCUGAACAGAAAUGCGCUGCACAUCUGUGCUGCUCAUAUUAAUUGUGCUCAUCACUGAACAGCGCUCAGUCGUUCCAGAAACUCUUGUCCAGUCCACUUAGGAGUCUGAUGUUUGUCACCGAGAUCAUUUUCUCCUCUCAUUUUAUAGUUUUUUUCUGGGUCUGUUUAUAUUGUAGUCAAUAUUUUUGUUGAUGAAAUUAACGCUGUAGUAUCGGCACCUAAGUAUCGUGAGGUCCCUGGCAAUUCCCAGCUCUAGAGCAAAUGAGAUGUUAGUUGCUCGAAUGUCCACCUAUAGCAUGGAGAACAUACCCUAUUAAUAUGCAUGGGCAUUUCAUUAUUAUAGAUAAUGAACAAUUUGCAUCUAAUUAGCAUGGAAUUAGUAUCAGCUCACUCAUGACUGGUUCCAGUCCACAGGUCGUACUGGUAGGAACCUGGUCUGAUAACACUUCAUUGAAAUUCAUAACACACCCUCGGCACAUGUAAUUACCUGUAGUGGAAACUGGGCCUGCGUCAACCCUUAUGAGAGAGCUGGUGAUGUGUAUUAGCCUAUAUCACAUAGUUUACACGUUCCUUUGAUGGAUUUAGCCUAAUCUGUGCCAUGAAAAUUCAAAUCAUGAAUCAAAAAUUAGUUCAAUUGAUGUUGUGUAUGCUUCUACAGUAUAUUAAACUUCACUGGUUUUUAGGCGUAAUGUAAAUCCUCUUGCGUGAUGGAAUAAUGGCGCAUUGCUUUCCCUUCGUGGAUUCUUCUUGUGGGUAUAACUUCACAAACUGCCAAUGUUAGUUAAAGCUUUUCUGUGUGAGGCAACUGAUCAUUAGACUACUCCUACGCUGUCGUCCAUGUUUCACGCCAACCAGGUAAGUCUCCUCGCACUUUUGUUGGUUUAAGCAAGGAGUACUUCAGGAGUUUUGUAGACUCAUUUCAUUUAGCCUAACUCAACUCUCUCUCUUUCUGUCUCUGUCUCUCUCUCGGUCUCUGUCUCUCCUCCACAGCAAAUGGUGAUGAGCCUGCGCGUGUCAGAGCUGCAGGUUCUGCUAGGCUACGCGGGCCGCAACAAACACGGGCGAAAACAUGAGCUCUUAACCAUGGCCCUGCAUCUCCUGAAAGCCGGCUGCAGCCCCGCCGUGCAGAUGAAGAUCAAGGAACUGUACUGCAGACGCUUCCCCACCAAGAUGGGCUCUCCCUCAGAGCUGGUCCUGCCCGGACCACACUACCCUGCCUCGGGAGGAGGGGCCGGAGGAGGGGGCACUGCCGCCCUGCCUGCCGGCCUCAGCCAGCUGGCGUAUGAGGGCCACGGGCACGGGGGAGUACCCUCGCCGGCCGCCCUGCUGCCCAUCUCGCUGCUGGGGCCUGGCAAGCACGAGCUCAGCGGGCUGGCGCACCACCUGCCCACCUCGGCCACCCUGCAUCCGGUGCACCCAGACGUCAAGCUGCAGAGGCUGCCCUUCUACGAUAUGCUGGACGAGCUCAUCAAGCCCACCAGUCUAGCAUCGGACAACAGCCAGCGGUUUCAGGAAACGUGUUUUGCGUUCGCACUAACGCCGCAGCAAGUCCAACAGAUUAGCAGCUCAAUGGACAUCUCGGGGACCAAAUGUGACUUCACAGUACAAGUUCAGUUACGGUUUUGUCUCUCUGAGACGAGUUGUCCUCAGGAAGACCACUUUCCGCCCAAUCUGUGUGUGAAGGUGAACGGGAAGCCAUGCAACCUCCCGGGUUAUCUUCCUCCAACGAAAAACGGUGUGGAGCCGAAGCGCCCUAGCCGGCCCAUCAACAUUACCUCAGUGGUCAGACUAUCCACCACAGUCCCCAACACCAUCGUGGUGUCUUGGACCUCAGAGGUUGGAAGGCACCUUCUGUGUUUUCAGAGCUACUCUAUGGCGGUGUACCUGGUCAAGCAGCAGUCGUCCACAGUACUGUUGCAGAGACUACGGUCCAAAGGCAUCAGGAACCCAGACCAUUCCAGAGCACUCAUCAAAGAGAAGCUAACGGCAGAUCCAGACAGUGAAAUCGCCACCACCAGCCUGCGUGUGUCGCUGCUCUGUCCGCUGGGGAAGAUGCGUCUGAUGAUUCCGUGCCGGGCGCUGACGUGUUCCCACCUGCAGUGUUUUGACGCUACGCUGUACAUCCAGAUGAAUGAGAAGAAACCCACCUGGGUUUGUCCCGUCUGUGAUCAGAAAGCCCCCUACCAACAUCUCAUCAUUGACGGGUUGUUCAUGGAGAUCCUGAACAGUUGUGUAGACUGUGAUGAGAUCCAGUUUAAGGAGGAUGGCUACUGGGCCCCCAUGAGGACAAAGAAGGAAGUACAGGAGGUCUCGUCAGCCUCCUACUGCAACGGACUGGAAGGCUUGCAUCGGUCGGCGGUAGGGGAGCAGAGGAGCUCGUCGUCCCACAACGGGGGCAGCAGUAGGAUGAAGGUGGAGGUGAUCGACCUAACCCUGGACAGCUCCUCAGAGGACGACGAUGAUGACCAACCGCCCAUCAAGAGGCCCUGCCCCUCCCUGUCCCCCACCUCGCCUCCCAUCGUCAACAAGGGAGUGUUGAACCUGCACCACCAGGUGUCCCCAGUGAGCCGGACCCCCAGCAUGCCGUCUGUGGACACCAGCUACAUCCCCCCUGUACCUCCCCUCAUCCAGGACUACCAUCCAUACUACCACGCCCCAAACCAGCUCACAGAUCUGAAUUUCUUCUCCUUUCUACAAGGGGACAAUCAUCAGCAUUACAACAUGGUGAUGGCCGCCGCCGCUGCUGCCUCGGCCUCAGACGACCACGAGCUCCUUCUCAACCACUUCCGUCCCUACACCACCUCCUCGUCCUCCUCCCAGCUGUUCCUGGACCAAUCUGGGGCGCCCUCCUCUGGCUCGCUGGCGCCCGUCAACGGUGCUGAUGGUGGAGGAAACAGCAGUGGUGGCAGCAGCAGUAGCCUCGUAUCCUCUAGCAGUCUCAGAGACACUCACAGCACACACUCCACACACUCACACACACACCCCACGCACUCACACACACACCCCACGCACUCACACACACACCCCGGGGUAGGAGGUCGGUCCAGUGCUGAUGUGGUGGCGGCCGCAGCCCUCUACGAGGCCAUCCCCGACGUGAUCUCACUAGACUGACGAUUUUGUUUUUGGCGACUAGCGACUGACUCCGAAACAGAGGGUUUGUUGGUUGUUUAAUGGAGGAUACCGUCAUGACUACUAAACUGACGCAGAACCAGUUUAACGGUCCCACCCAGUCGACAGCUCUGGUUUUGAGUUGUGUCGUUAAGGCUGACUCCAGAACAGUGGAAUACCUGUCUGUGGCGGAGCCGGUCCCGAGGUGUCGUUUGACUGGGCUGACCCAGGCACAGUUAUAAAGUCACACCCCACAGAUGGAUGAGAUUGGCACCUAGUGUUGCUAGACUGACUCCAGAACAGUUAUCGGUUGGUAGCUGGCUCCCUGACGACAUUCCACUAGACUGAUUCCAGAACAGUGAGAUAUCAGAGAGGUCUAUGGGUUUCAUCUCUGAAGUCGACGGACUAGACUGGACCUAGAUCAGCUCCCUGCCGGUACCUACCAGAAACGCUAGCCGUGCAAAAGCGGAGGAAGGCUUCUUUUUUUUGUACGAAAGAGCAACGCUGUGUACAGAGAACAAAAAAUAUAUUUUCUCUUUUUACUUUUGUAUAUUAAUUAAUGAAAGACUUUUUCUGUCCCGUAAGUAACUUCAGUUGCUGUUUUGAAGUGGAGACUGAAGAUGUAUCCACACAGCUAUACAUACGUUGCCCCUCUAUAAUCUUAACUUUAAUAUCUCAUUACUUUUCUUUGGUUUUUAUCCUGUUAGAUCUGAUGGGGAUUCUCCUCACUCAUCCAUGGCAUUACUUCUUGACAUUUUCAACUUAUCAAUCUCCCUCUACUCUUCAUUUUGAAAUCACAGUUGAAUUUCUUCUCCAAGACAAUAUCUUUUCCCUGGUUGACUUGUUUGUUACUGUGUCAUUUGUUUUGGUAUUAUGCGUUCUAAGUUAUAUGUAAGAUAUAUGAAUAAGUCUCUCUGGAUAAGUGGAUCUGCUAAAUGACAUGCAUUCCCUAAGGAGUUCAGGUUGAUGCUGUGGGGAGUGCAAAGCUAGGUGGGUAAUAUUAGACAUUUCUGCUUUUCGUCUCUGUAAAGGGCCAGUGCAGUCAGAAUUCUGUGUUCUGGAGUUUUUAUCAUAGUGCACAACAGCUGAUGAAACUAACAUGGUAAAAGUGUGAAAAAAACGUAAAUCAGUUUUAUUUCCUGAUAGUUGCUGGUUGAAAAUAAUCUACACAGGACCUUCUAAUCAGCAGGUUUGCAUGAGCGGGAAUUUCAGCUUUACAUGGUGACAUCACCAUGUGGUAAAUUGGUUGCUAGACCAAUAGCAAAGAGACUUCCAAACCUCUCUGCCAAUAACAGCUAUUUUUCAGUUUCCCCCCCUUCCCACUCGGACCAGUCUCGGACCAAUCUCAGACCAGUCUCAGACCAUCCUCGGCAAAAUUCUUGCUUUAGAGCGUUUUCCCCCCCUAAAAAGCAAUUUUUGCCCAUUUUUAUGGACAUCUAUUACAGUAACGUACUUCAUGUUACCCAGAAAUUAUUUGAUAUCGAUAUAUAAAUGGCUGCAUUGGGCCUUUCAUUUCUCCCCCCCUUCAAUAGACCAUCUGUGCAGUCAUUAUGCACAAUAUUUCAAUUUGACAACAUUUUAGCAGAAAAUGUGUUCACAAUUUUAUGGUUAUUAAAACUAUGGUAGACACAGAAUGCCUAUUUAACUUGAGAAAUACUCUACAGUAAUUUUAUGCUUUUAUUUGAAACCUCGUUAUAUUCUGUUGUUUUUACUUAUUCAACCACUUGUGUCACCUUUUGCACAAGACCAAAAAUGAACUCAACCCACACAGAGAGCAUUUGUAUCUGGGCACUACAUUGCUUUCAGUCAACUAUCCUCCACCUAUCACACGCUCUUCCUCACUGUUUUCACCUGGUUGUUUGUGAGACACUGCAGCUGAACUCAUAGCAUAGAGGAGUACCCGUAGAGACGGAGGGGAGUACCCGUAGAGACGGAGGGGAGUACCCGUAGAGACGGAGGGGAGUACCCGUAGAGACGGAGGGGAGUACCCCGUUAGGGACGGAGGGGAGUGCCCCGUUAGGG